CGCUCCCUAACCCAUCCAAAAGCCCCAGCGGCACGCAGACCAUGGCGGGCCAGGAGGGGAAGGUUCUUGACGCACCAACGUCGCCGCCGCCCACGGAGACCAUGGCGGGCCAAGACGCACCAAAGUCGCCGGCGCCGGCCGGGGGUGACACCGGCCGUGACCACCUCAAGCUUCCGUUGGCCACCGACCAGGAUCCGGACGCCACGGUUCCUCAGGUCGGGUCUGGGGAUGAGGAGCAGGAGACGCUUGUCCGUGGGAAAAAGAAGAACGUGGACGAUCCAUCCGGAUCAGAUGCUUCGGGAUCCACCAAGAAACACCGCACCGCAGAUCUGUCGCAUGCCGCCACCGUUGAAGGCGCGGCAACAUCGACUGGACUCGCCCCCAGCCCCCCACGCCCUUUCCUGCCUACGCCUUCCUUUCUCACGAGCCGUUUUCUGCAGCAGCAGGCGUCCGACCGCCACCACGCUGGCCGCCCGGAGGUAUCACGGCGCCGGCCGGGGCAACAAUAUUCUUUGGACCCAUGACCGAGGCGCAAGAUCAUCUCUCGGAGGUGAUGGAUGACAAAGAAUUUUUACUCCGCGCCGCCAUCUCAAGCGAAUGGAGGCCCAACAAGCCGCCCGUGCUCCCGCCAAACGACGCCAGCCGCUUGAAGAAAUGCAUAAGUGCAAGACGAACCCAGCAACCGUCGUGACCCUACCUAGUGAGCAUAUCUGCCUGUGCCACGCUUGCUAUGAGGAAUGACUGGCCGAUCCCCUCGAGACCCCGUGCAAAGUUUGCUUUGCUGCAGUCGCUGCGCAAAUAAAGCUCGAUUAAGGUAAUGCACAACAGAUCUCAGCUUCAACGCGGCGAAGCAUGUAUCCCAAAGAGACAACCUUUCUAUUCGGGUUCAACCAGUCUCGCGAAUGUUUUACGCUCAAUGGCGCAACCAUCCAAGCAUCGCCACCCCUACCACCCUUCGAUGGUCAAUUUCUUGCCUUUGCUAAUGCAACCAUCUCAGUGUUGGUGUCCAGUUAGCAAAGCUAGCCUGACACACACCACUCAGCACCUUGGCUUUGUGGCCACGAUUAUUAAUAAGAUCUCUUUAUAUAGUUUUG